AAACACCAAACAAAAGAAAGCGAUAAACAACAACAAAAACAUUCUUUGCAGUGCGCGAGUUUCGAACAAAUUAAACGUGUUUCUUUAAUGUAUGUUUAUUUAUUUGUGACGAUAACCUAUUAGUUUAAAAACUUUUUACAAGGUCAAGGAAGCUAUCGAAAAGGUCAAGGAAGCUAAUCGAAAAGAAUCGGUUAAACUUGCUAAAGUCUCCCACGAUGCAUUCUGAUUCGGACGAUUACUUUAGCGGUGAUGACGACGACUUCGACCGGCAGCAGGAAAUAGCCCGAAGCGCUUUCGCCGACAUGUGCCACGAUUGGGAGCGCAAUCAAAAGUACGACCGGGCUCUGCAGUUGACGAUCGAAAGAUUACACUGCGAGGGAAAGGAGGCUCACGUGCUGGACAUCGGAACCGGAAGCGGUCUGCUGUCAAUGAUGGCCGUUCGCGCCGGAGCGGAUAGCGUAACGGCGUGUGAAGCAUUCCGACCAAUGGCCGAUUGCGCGGAGAGGGUGAUUGCUUCAAAUGGCAUGGGCCAUAGGAUUCGUUUGGUGAAGAAGAAAUCUACGGAACUGGAGGUGGGCGCUGGGAAGGACAUGGAGCGUAAGGCAAAUGUCCUCGUGACGGAGCUGUUCGAUACCGAGCUGAUUGGGGAAGGUGCUAUUGCUACGUAUAGACAUGCCUUGCAAUUUUUACUGGAGGAAGGCUGUCGGGUGAUUCCGGAUAAGGCCACCGUUUAUGCUCAAGUUGUAGAAUGUCCGUUGGCAAUGAGUUGGCAGACUCCGAAACUGUUAUGUAGCUCCGAUGGCGAUGUACUGCUGAGAGUCCCAGAGGAAAUGGUAAACUGCCGGGGUUCUUCAGCGGUAUUCGACGUGCAACUCAGUCAAUUACCUUUGGAAAGCUUCAACGCUCUAUCGGAACCAAUUCCGGUGUUCGAGUUCGAUUGGUCCAGCAGGGAAGCCCUUAAAUUCAAACGACACUCGAGGAACCUCCUGAAGGUCCAAAGCUCAGGCAUCCCACAGGCAGUUUUUAUGUGGUGGGAUCUCAAAAUGGAUUUGGAAGGGACAGUUCUUUUGUCGUGUGCUCCUUUUUGGGCCCAUCCCGAUUUCGAAGAGCUCAAAACUCAAAAGCAAAACGAUUCCAUUCCAGAGCCUAAUUUGAUACCUUGGCGAGAUCAUUGGAUGCAAGCCAUUUACUUUCUACCUCACUCGAAAACGCCUUUGGCCAAAGGUGAAGAAAUCGCCUUAGAUGCCUUCCACGAUGAGUUUUCCUGGUGGUUUGGUUUGAACGAUUUGAGUUUAGAUCCUGGUCAUUGUUCCUGUGGGAUGCACAUAGCGUAUUCACGAUCACGGAUAGGGCAACUCAACGAUGGUCCUCGUAAUAAGCGAAUGCUGAACUAUUUGGAAGAAGUGCUGGACAAAAACUCAGUCGUUUUGGUGCUGGGAGAUGGUUCCCUUUUGGGACUGUCCAUAAGAGCGAUGGGUGCAAAGAAAGUUAUCCUCGUGGAAACUAAUCAAACUUCGAGACAUUGCAUGGAACGUCUUGUUGAGCACAAUGGAUUGGAAAACGUGGAAAUCUUAUCCUGCUUAGAUGAUCUGACCCCAGAUGCAACGGCCGAUAUGACCCACAUAUUUGGAGAGCCAUUCUUCACUUCCGCGAUCCUGCCAUGGGAAAACGCUAUUCAAUUCAUAUGGGAAUUGAACCGAGUGAAGGCUUUACUAAACCACGAGGUUUCGGUUAUACCUCACAGCUUCAGUAUCUAUGGUGUUGCCGUGGAGUUUUUGGACCUGCAGAAAAUCAGCGCUCCUCUCGGGACUUGUGAAGGAUUUGAUCUGAGCCUGAUGGAUAGAAUGAUUGAGGAACAUUCAAAAGUGGCAGAUUCCCCUGUAGAAGCCCAACCGUUGUGGGAGUACCCCUGUCUACCCUUAGGACCCAAGUGCAAGAUGAUCACCAUCAAUGUGGCCGAAGGCUCCCAGAACCAACUGGAGCAAGGGAAAAUCACAUUGACACGGCAUCACGAAAUCAAGGAAUGCAAUGGUAUUGCUCUGUGGGCAGAGUGGCAUAUGGGCAAGAAUGUCAGUCCCAAGAAUACCAUUAGUACCGGUCCACUAUCGGUAAUCGAUGAAGCAUCUGAGCUUCCUGUCCGACCCUUGCAAUGGAACUCGAACUGGAGGCAAGGAGUUCAUCUGCUUAGGAAGCCACUCGAAGAGUCCAAGAUGUUCCUAAGCUGGACAGUCAAGUACAACGCUCAGCUCAAGUCGUGCUAUUUUAAAUUCGAUUAAGUUUCAGAUUAAUGUAUCCAUGGGAUAAUAUCGAUAGUAAUAUAAGGUCAACGGGUUGGUCAUCCAUGUGAAACUAUUGAAAA